AUGUAUUCCAUGCUGAAAUACAAUCAAGACAACAAGAUCACAAUAGAAUGGGACAACAUUCAAGACAAAUUUCCAAAGUGUUGUGGAACGCACGGACCCAACGACUGGAAGAUAAUUCUCAUUGACCCUCUUCCGGUCAGCUGCUGCACUUGGAGGAUUCCAAACUGCACUCACUUCGAUUCCCCUUACUUGCGAAAAACAGGUUGCUAUGAGAACGUAGUGUGCGUUUACGACUUGUGGGAAGCUACUGCCGGACUGGCAGCGGCAUUAGUUGUUUAUCAGGCAACAAACUUAAGUAAAGAGAGUUCGAGGAGAAAUCGAAAAGUCGUGAGAGAUAAAUCUUUAGUCGAGGACGAAAUUGAAAGUGAAGAGGAACGCACUGAAUUGGAAGAAGAGACUCUGUCGUCGCUCAUUUGGUCGGGACUGAGGAAACUGAGGGAGGCGAGCAAGAAGGCGAUAUUCGGGGAGGAGUCGACUGGUAACGUGAUAGAGAGCAUGGAUGACGGAGCUAACGAAUUAUUGGAGCAGGAAUGUGAAAUGGAAUUUGUGGGGUCGGAAAAUCCCCGUUUACAAGAUAAUUUAAGAGUGAAAGGAAAGAAGAAGAAGAAGAAAAUAGAAGUUAAAAGAGUGAUGGCUACUCCUCGGAGGCCUCUUCAUCCGCAAAUGCAUACAGCACGAGCUGGCUCUGAAUCUAGUGUCAAGAGAUAUGGAAGUGUUGCAAAACUGUAUGAUUUAGAGGAGGUCGGUGGUGUACGGAGUGAGAAGAGAGGAAGAUCGUCGGAACCAGAUUGGGAGUUGGAGCCGUAUGCAGUCAGCAUCUGCCGUCGAUUAGACGGUAGUGAGUGGAAGAUUGGUCAGGGAGGAUUCAGUAAGGUUUUCAAAGCUCUCAAAGAUGGAGUCGACGAGGUGGCAUUAAAAAUAAUUUAUAUAGCAGGAAGCGCGAUCGCACAGAAACAACUUUUUUGUGCAGAGAUCGAUCUCAUCAGUAAGCUCAGGCAGAGACACAUCGUUCAGUUUUACGUCGCAUGCACUCAACUCGACUGCUUCUAUACGAUAACUGAACUAAUGGAUUGUGACUUGUUUUCGGUCCUUCGCGGUACAGACUUUGCUUCGUACAUGUGGACUGGUCGACACGGUCGUAAGGUCAUGCGAGCUAUAGCAUCUGGGAUUAAAUAUCUGCGUUCCCAUUCUCCUGAUGUGUUUCAUCGUGAUUUAAAGAGUCCCAAUAUCUUUUUGCUAGAUGGUGUAGUAAAAUUCGGAGACAUAGGACUCGCUCGGACUAAGAUGCAGACACUCAUGACUCCACAGCCCGGAUUCACGCCCAUCUGGUCUGCACCGAAAGUGAUAUAUCGAGAAAGGGCUGGCGAAAGGGUUCAAAUCUGGAGUAUUGAUGUUAUUCUGUGGGAAGUGGUGACUGGCAAGAUUCCUCAGAUUGGUGAGAUGCGAUUGUCUCCAUCAACUGCCACUGGGACAUCUAUUGCUGGUUUCAAGACAUUUUGUACACAUGUUUUCACGUUAGGAUAG